UUAUAUCAUUGUAAUUUUCAUAAAAAAUAUUUUUUAUAUUGACUAAUUGAAAUUUAAAAAGAAGCAAAAAAGAUGGAUGUUGAUGGUGCUGCGCAGGAUGAAAUGGUCACAGAUGGUCCAGGAUACAAUAUUGUCGCUCCAAACAAUAAUUGUCAAUCUGGAAGUAUGGGAGGACACAAUAAUGUUGUUGGGUCUUCACAAUAUCAGCAACGUUCAAUGUCACCACUUCUCGGUAUUGGAAUAGCUACUGGAUCCUCAUCAGCAUCUUCAACAAUGCCAAUGGACCUGGGUGGAGUAUUGCCUAUUGCAGAAAAUUGGUGUAAUACACAAGUGAAAGUUGUUAAAUUUAACUACAUGUGGACGAUAAAUAAUUUCUCUUUUUGCCGUGAAGAAAUGGGUGAAGUUUUGAAAUCAUCGACUUUUAGUGCCGGCCCUAAUGACAAACUUAAAUGGUGUUUACGAAUAAAUCCAAAAGGAUUAGACGAAGAAUCCAAAGAUUAUUUGUCUCUUUAUUUAUUACUUGUCCAAUGUAACAAAACUGAAGUUCGUGCAAAAUUUAAAUUUUCGAUAUUAAACGCAAAAAGAGAAGAAACAAAAGCUAUGGAAUCACAACGUGCCUAUCGCUUUGUACAAGGAAAAGACUGGGGUUUUAAAAAAUUUAUUCGUCGUGAUUUUUUACUUGAUGAACAAAAUGGACUUUUACCUGAAGACCGUUUGACUAUUUUUUGUGAAGUUUCUGUUGUUGCUGAUACGAUUAACGUAACUGGCCAAAGUAAUAUGAUGCAAUUUCGUGUCCCUCCAUGUCGUCUUUCUGAAGAUAUGAGUAAUUUAUUUGAAAAAAGUCUAUUUGCUGAUUGUACUCUUUACUCAGGGAAUAGAGAAUUUCAGGUACAUAAAGCUGUACUUGCUUGUCGUUCACCUGUAUUUGCUGCAAUGUUUGAACAUGGAAUGGCUGAAUCUUUAAGUGAUCGUGUAAAUAUUAAAGAUAUUGAUUCUGAAGUGCUCGGUGAAAUGUUGAGAUUUAUGUAUACCGGAAGUGCCCCAAAUCUUGAAAGAAUGGCUGAUGAAUUGUUAGCAGCUGCUGACAAAUAUCAAUUGGAAAGAUUAAAAGUUAUGUGUGAACAAUCUUUAUGUCUUUCAUUGACAAAUGAAACUGCUUGUGAAACUUUAAUUUUGGCGGAUUUACAUUCAGCAGAACAUUUAAAAACUCAAUCAACAGAAUUUAUUAAUUUACAUGCUAAUGAGGUAAUGGAAACUGAAGGCUGGAAAGUUUUGGUAAAAGAACAUCCUCCAUUACUGGAACAAGUUUUUAAAGCAUUAGCAACACAGCAAACACCUCCAAUUAUUUUAAAUCAACCGCCUAGGAAACGUCCAAGACAAUAUUAAAAAAAUUUUGCUACAACAAUAAAAAAUUUUUUUGACUAUUAAUAUGUAUUUUUAAGUUGUUUAAAGUGAAGACAUAUUGGAAGAAAAGAAAAGAAGUUAAAUCACUUUGCAGCUGUUUUUUUGUGAUUAUAUAUUUUACUGUUAGGUUUGGAUUUGUUUUUGAUAUUUUUGUUUUAAUUUGAGAAUAGGGUCGGUGGUUCCUGGGAAAUCUUCGGGUAUCCAAAACCGAUGUUUGAAAUGAAAAUUUCCGGUUACCCGGUGUCAACAUCAUUUGAGAAUUUUUUUUUAAAAAUCCAAACUUUGCUGUUUUGAUUGUCUUUUUUUCCAAAUUUUGUAUAUACUUUUUUCUUUUUUUUUAAUGCAUGAUGCAAUUAUUGGGUAUGUAUUGGAUAAAUAUUUUAAUAUUUUUGUUGAUUUUUAAUUAUAAAUUUUGGUAAUUUUCACCAUUCAAUAAUUUAUAAAUCUCUAAGAACUUGUCUUUUUGAAUUUUUUAGAAUUUCUUUAUUAGACGGAGAAGAUUCUUCUUUUAAUGUUCUGUCAGAAUCAAUUAUUGAACCAGAUGUUUGUGAGGAGCUUUUGGAAUUUUGCUCACCAACAAUCUCUACUGGAACAGAUGAAUCUGUGCUUACUGAAGAAGAGCCGACACCUUUUGGAAUGGAAUGAAAGUUAGUUUUUUUAAUUUUAAAGUUCAUUGACGGGCUAGGAGGGGUUUUUGAGCAUGUUGUUGAGCUUAUAUUUAAUAA